GACCAUAUGGAAUCUGUAUCAAAGUUCCGGUGACAGUAACGUAUUUCCACCGACAAAAGCUCAUCAAAACCUCUUAACAAUGGCGCUGCAGUUCCAGAAAAUACUAUAGUGUAAUAAAUCACAAGUAAGUUUCAUCGACCCAUCAUAUUCCCGGGGCGUCAUUUCAGAAGGAAGAAGAUGUGGAUUUUUGGGUGGAAGGGAGCAUCUGGGUUUUCAGCUCGUUCCACAGCUGAAGAAGUUACUGACGGAAUCGAUGCAACUGGCCUCACUGCUAUCGUCACAGGAGCAUCAAAUGGAAUUGGGGUGGAGACUGCAAGAGUCCUAGCUAUGCACGGUGCUCAUGUGUUCAUGGCAGUAAGAAAUGUUGAUGCUGGGAAAAGUGUUAAAGAAGCAAUCCUCAAAGAAAUCCCUACGGCUAAGCUUGACGUUAUGCACUUGGAUCUUAGUUCAUUGGCAUCAGUGAAGAGAUUCGCAUCGGAAUACGUUUCUUCAGGCCUUCCACUGAAUCUGUUGAUUAACAAUGCAGGCAUGAUGUGCCCUUACAUGCUCUCCACUGACAACAUAGAGAUGCAGUUCGCCACCAACCAUGUUGGACAUUUUCUGUUGACACAUCUUCUGUUGGAAAGAAUGAAAUCUACUGCUCUUGAAAGUAAUCAGGAAGGAAGAAUUGUUAAUCUAUCAUCAGAGGGUCAUCGGUUUGUUUACAAGGAAGGGAUCCGUUUCGACAAGAUCAACAACGAAGCAGAGUACAACAAAUUCCUCGCUUAUGGGCAGUCAAAGCUUGCUAACAUUCUUCAUGCUAAUGAACUUGCGAAGCGCCUCACGGAGGAAGGAAUCAACAUAACAGCGAACUCACUUCACCCUGGAGCCGUUGCUACAAACUUCUUUCGCAAUCUCGGUGUUAUUGGGGCCAUUACAAAUCUCGCCGGUAAAUAUGUGCUAAAAAAUCUUCCACAGGGAGCUGCAACUACAUGCUUUGCGGCACUGCAUCCACAAAUGAAGGGGGUGACGGGUGAAUACUUGUGCGACAGUAACUUAUACAAACCAAGCCCUCAGGGCAAGGAUGAUGAACUGGCUAAGAAACUCUGGGAUUUCAGCUUAGAUUUGGUCCACCCUUUUUGCUGAAGUGUUUACUUCCCAUGCCUUACAGAAGCUAAUUUAUGUUGAUUUUCCCCCCAGAUUUUUUGUCUGUUUUCCCCCCUAUCAUUUGGCGUAAUUUAUUCGAAGACGAAAAGAACUGUAGUAAUCAUAAAUGAAAACUC